CUUGGUGGUCUGAGUCCUCGUGACCGUCCCUGGCUCGAGCCUCUGCGCUCCCCGAAGCGGUGCCAGAGUUGCCUUGGAAGGCGCCAUGCUGUUGGAACUGCUGAUCCUUCAGCAGCUGGCGAUUCAAGCGUUCAGCGAUGAGUCUUUUGUGAAAGCAGAUGGUUCCAUCAAUGUGCAGAAGCGGCACCACCAUAUCCACCGUGGGCAUGAAGAGCCAAGCGAGUUGGAGCGCCGGCGGGAGCUGUUGGCGCGCGAAGCGCCGUCGAUGUCCAGCCUCUUGGCCGAGAUCGAAGCGGCCACGCAGAGUGAGGCGCGCGCCGAGGUGGCCAAUGUCACAUCCACGCCCAAACCGACACCGACGAGACAAGACUCGAAGUUUCCUGUCAUCAGUGAAUGGGCCUGUGCCCUGAUGUGCGCCGGACAUGCGGAGGAUGGUUGUUGUACCUACAAGAGCAACGCAAAGCGCGUGGGAGAUGAGAAUGAUGGAGACAACCAUGAGGAAGACACUGGCUUGUGCGAGUUCCGCCCGGGCUACCUGGGUGUGGAUGAGACCCUGGCGGAAGAGGAUUGGACCGCCUCUCAGUGCAUUGCUGGCUACAGCACCAGCAAGUGUGCCGAGUGGAAGCCGGGGAAAUGCAUGGGCAAAGCACAGGAUCUCAGCACAGCAUCCAAAGGGCUGCCGAUCUGGGACUUAGCCUUCGAGGACCACUUCGACCGCCUCACCUGUGUGCCUGACCGCAAUGGCGUGCUGCGACCCAACCCGGAGACAUGGACAACCGAAAUUGGCUACAAGCGAGGUAAGGAGAGCCAGUUCUACCUCCCAGACAACGUGGAAUGCAAAGACGGCGCGCUGGUGAUCACCGCCAAGCGCGAGCGCAGCAAGGGCGAGGCCACGUGUGAGGUCAAGGGCUCUGAUCCCGACCUGGACGUUGAGGCCUGCCAGGUGUGUGCGCCACCGACCCUCGAGUACAAUGCGCCUUGCGACAGAGUGGCCGGUGAUGGCUGGCCGGUCUGCGAUUGUUCGCUGGGUGCCGAGUAUACCUCCGGGUCGCUGGUGUCCAGGCACAAGCAGGAAUUCUCCUAUGGCCUACUGGAGGUGCGUGCGAAGAUUGACACUCGCCCGGGCUUGUGGCCUGCCUUGUGGGCCGUCGGAGAUUUCGACAAGGUGCCAUGGCCCAAGAAUGGGGAGAUUGACAUCCUGGAUGCCUUUCAAGGCAUGCUGAAGGCCAGUGUCAUCCACGCUGGCGAGUCCGGUGGCGCGGAGGAUGCCGUCUUCCAUGGCUCGGCCCGAAGGAUCAAUGCCGAGUGGGAGAGGAGCUUCCACACCUGGGCUCUGGAGUGGGACGAGGAAUUCAUCUCAAUCCGCGUGGACCGCCAGGAACUCUUGCGGCUGGAUUUGACGGUGGCCGAUCCGGUGAGAACUUCCUGGCCAAAUCCCUUCAAGAGCGGAAAGAAGCCGCUUGGGCCGAGGCCCUGGGGCCCUGAGAUUCAUCUCACCCAAGCAGCACAGAGAGAGAGAGAGAGUGUUCGAAGGAUUCUUGGGAGCACUUUUUUUUGCGCUGUACAUUCCUCUGGACCGAAGAAGAGCAGCCAGCUGGCCAGCGUGUGGAGCUGUUUAUGAUAUGUUUAUGUAUGUUUUGUCUUAGAGUUCUAGAACUUUUGGCUGCAUUCUUGCUACUACUGUAUAGCUUUUGGGGUAGAGCACAUACUUGUGUGAACUUGCUCCCUUGAUCCUCAUAGAGUGUGCUGAUGAUCGUCGACUGCGAUAGUUUCCUUCAGCAACUUUGGGAACUUAUCUGGAUUUUGUGACGUGAGCAGUCCGCAGAGGUCGCAAGUUGUUUUGGCGAGAUGCCGUGUCUACAUGCACACGUCGGCACACAAAGGAUCAAGACUUUGGUAGCACGACUUGCGCAACACACACACACACACACACACACCCCCCUUGAUACAAAGUGGCGUCGGGUAUGAAGGGGGUGAACCAAACAUCCUUGACUUGGUGACACAUCCCACCUGGACCUGAGAGACCUCUUGGCCCCCUGGGACAGUUGAUUCGGGAUUUCGGCCGAGGUUCUUCAUGAUCCUGAACCUGGCAGUGGGUGGCCAGUCUGGAGGCAAUGCCACUCAGUCGGACUUCCCAGCCACGCUGCUGGUGGACUACGUGAAAUACUUCAAGAAGAAGGGCCGCACCAGCCGAUGACACCGGAUGAGCUGUGAGCUAAGCAGCGCACUAGCUGGUGCUUGCUUGGCAUGGUGUUUGAUCGGUCACGCGC